ACUGAUUCCACUUCCAUCUCGUCUUGUCUUUAGUUUACUAAUUUUGUUUUGAAUUGCUUAGAUAAAACGUAGAAGUACAUCUUGCUCAUGUGCUAUAUAUCUUCCCCGUGUUCAUUUAUUUUCUUGCUUUUGUUGAGCUGUCAAGUCUUGCAUCGUUGUACUGCGAUCGAUAUUGGGUAGUUGCUUUGCUUGUGCUGAUUGUCUCUUGAUAUUGUACUAUUGGGUUGUCAGAACCUGCAUCAUUGAACUGUUUCUAGUGCUGGUACUGGUUAGCUGACCUUUUGCUGGUCAUUACUUUGCUCCCUGUUCUAUGAUUCUGUUGACUUUUGAGUUCUUGAUGUCACUCUGCGUAACUCUUACUCAGAAGAAAUUGAAACUUCGAAGCUUCUUAGCUCUUGCUCUGGUUUGCACUACAUUUAUGCUCAUAGUUAUUGAUUUUUUCAACAAAAUUAACCCAGUGUCUGCAUUAUUUGACUGAUUUUUUGUUGCUGGGCGUUUUACGGGUUGUUCACUUGAUGAUUUUUCUGUGGUUUUAUUGGGAACUUUGCAUACUGUUUCUUGAUCUAUUCCUUUACGGAUUUUUUUUGUUUCAAUAAUCCACGGCAUUUUUUCCAUAAAUCUUGGUCACCACUAGCUGUGUUGUAAGAAGUUGUCUAUAGAAAAAUGUCUUUGAGAUGUUGCUUCAUGUGGCAGCUGUGACGCUUAGUGGGUCUUAGUGAAAUAUCUGUUUUUUUUUUAUCCGUGUUGAUGCUUAGCUGAAGUUUUGAACAUGAAAACAGAACAAAGAUCUCAAGUAAUUCCUUUAUUGUCUGGGACAAUUAUUGCCUCUUUAAGUUUUUGUUGCUUGGAAGCAAUACGAAACCAUCUUUUGAGAGUGUAGUUUGAAGGGACUGCGGUAUUUUUUUAAAUUAUUGGACCGGUUUGUGCACAAUCACUUGACGAUGUGUUUACCUUGACUAGUUGCUUUCAGAUUUUCUAUAAAGGAAUAUGGAGGACAAGUGUGCAAUCAAGAAAGAUGUCACUGAAUUAAUAGGAAAUACCCCUAUGGUAUAUCUCAACAAUAUCUUGGAUGGUUGCGUAGCCCGUAUUGCUGCCAAGCUUGAGAUGAUGGAACCUUGCUUCAGUGUUAAAGACAGGAUUGCAUAUAGUAUGAUCAAAGAUGCGGAAGAUAAGGGCUUAAUUACUCCGGGGAAGACUGUCCUCAUUGAACUUACAAGCGGCAACACGGGCAUUGCAUUAGCAUCCAUCGCUGCAGCCAAGGGUUACAAAGUUAUCAUUAUCAUGCCAGCUGCAAAAAGUAUAGAGAGAAGAAUAGUGAUGCUGGCAUUUGGAGCUGAGUUGCAUCUCACAGAUCCAACCAUGGGCUUUGAGGAGAUCCUUAGAAAGGGUGAGGAGAUACUAAAAGUCACACCUAAUGGUUACAUGCUUCAUCAAUUUGAAAAUCCAGCCAAUCCAAGGAUUCAUUAUGAAACCACAGGCCCUGAGAUAUGGAAAGAUUCGGCAGGAAAAGUUGAUGUCCUGGUUGCUGGGAUAGGGACGGGUGGUACAGUAACUGGAGCAGGGAAAUUUCUUAAGGAGAAAAAACCGGAGAUUAAGGUCUAUGGUGUAGAACCAGCAGAAAGUGCAGUCCUGAAUGGAGAAAAACCUGGUGCACAUCUGAUUCAAGGACUUGGCGCUGGCGUUGUUCCUCCUGUUUUGGAUAUUGGCCUCCUCGAUGAAGUUAUCAAAGUAUCGAGUGAUGAAGCUAUUGAUACUACCAAGCUGAUUGCUUUGAAAGAAGGCUUGCUGGUGGGAAUAUCAUCUGGUGCCGCAACAGCUGCUGCUAUAAAGUUGGCCAAGAGACAGGAAAAUGCUGGGAAACUCAUCGUGGUGGUUUUUGCUAGUGCCGGGGAGCGUUAUAUUUCCUCGAAGCUGUUUGAUUCCAUCAGGCACGAGGCAGAAACAAUGACCUUUGAUUAAGGUCUUACUGAUUUUUCAUGCGGGGGACCUUGUUAAACUAUGGUUUUUUUGCUCAAUUCCUUCCUGGAAGAACGUAAUUCACACUGAUUCUGGACUCGAAUGAAAAUUGUUUAAACUAUUGUUAAACUAGGGGCUGUGCAACGCAGGCCUGAUUCCUUGAAAUUGUACCUACUCCGUGCAACACAUGAAUGCUUCGUGGAGGAAUGCUUCAAGCAUAAAACUCUUAAUAGACUUGACGUCAACGGUCUUGAAAUUUUAAGAUUGUAAAACUCUUGCUUUUCAACCUGAGAUGGCUACAACAUGAUUAGAUUUGAAAUCAAAAUGCAGCACCUUAGACCAACUGCAUCUGUGCGAUUUUGUGUCUCUUGUCUGUUUCUGUAACCUAUUGAGCAUGGAUAUUAUGCCCACAUUGAAGACAAA